UGUAUACCUACUUUAAUACUGUUGUUUUGGAGGCAGUUGCCCCCUAACCAGCUUGACGUAAUCAGCCAGCAUGAUCAGCAUACUGAGUAUUGCUCAGCAUACAGCAGAUCUGGUGAACAAUCUGCAGCACAUGAAGAAAGUCCUGCCUUUAGUGAAGAAUUUGGAGGCUAUGGCCUCAGUAGCGGGAGUCUUGAGCCCUAUAUUUGGCAUUGCCUCGGCCGUUGUCCAGCUCUCAAUGAGGAACGUGGAGAGUGAGGAGCUGCUGUUUAUGAAGGAGCAAUUCCACGAGGUGAGAAACCAGCUGGAUGUGGUGACGGGCAAGAUCACUGGGCUCCUUUGCGAGAUUGAGAAACACCAGUACUUCGCCAUCAAGGAGAACAUCAAGAACCAAUUCCGCAAGUACAUGCAGAUCCUAGAUUCGGCCCCAGAAUACCAGGAGAGGCAGAAGGAAGAGUUCCUGACGCACUUCCAGGUCACUAAAGGCGACCAGAAUUUGCACACCCUCUACGAUGGGUUCGUGGGCAACUCCGCCGUCUUUGCCAAACCCAUCCUGAUCACUGCAGUGGAGUACGCCCAGGGGAACCGGCAUUUGGUGGAAGCGCUCUGUGCCAGUCUCAAGGACCUGUUCGGCAUCGGUCUGAUUGCUCUGAUGGGUUACACCUCCCUUACUGGCCUGGAUUUGGAAGCGGCGAUGAAGGAAUGGAAGGAGAGGCUGGUUGAGGCUGAGAUGGUGCGAAGGAUUGAUCAGUGUGACCAGGAAUUUAGAGUUUAGGUAGAGGUCUGUAUUAACCGCCACAUAGCCAACAAAGGAAAACUAGAUACGAUCCUGUGAGGUGCCUCCAUCCUGCGGGAGCUGAGGCCAAAGCAUGAUUGGCUGAGUUGGUCGGUGAUUGUCUAUGAACCUUUCAGUGGUGUUGAAUCUCACAGUGUCACCAACGUUGUGAAAUCCUUUCGAUUUUUCAGAAGCAUUGGUAAUAAUGCAAUGAUUCUACACGCAAGCCCACAUUGGUCCAGUCACCUUAUUCCCUCCCCACUCCCCUGCUCCCAGGAACCAGUACUUCUCUCAAUGACCCUCCUCUCCCCCACAACGAUCACCCCCCUGUCCACCAGAAACUUUCACCACACCCCUUCCCAACCACUCUCUUCCCCAGCUCCCGCGCCCCCUUUCCUCUUUCAUGACCCGUUUCAAGACCCUCCUAUUCAACCAUGCUCAUAGUUCUUCUCCCCCUGGCCUCCCCACUCCCUAACCCCGUGUCCGAAACACUGAUUGUCCAGCGCCUUGGGACAACCUCCCGAUGUGAAAGGCGCUAUACAAAUGUAAUGUUGUUGUUGUAGUAAAGUUAACCACUUUAUUGAAAUCUGAAAAGACAACCUUAUUUGGUUUGCCGGAAUUUAUAUACUUUAUUAGGUCAGGUUAACAGAGGAACCAUAGUCACAUGGAUUUUAUACUUAGUUUGUUUACUUAAUAAGGCAGGAAAGUUGCAUUAAUUCAAUAAGCAUAAUAAAAAUAUUAAUUA